AACAUUAAACGGAGAGAGAGAGAGAGAGAGAGAGAGUGUGAAGCAGAGCAGAGAUGGAAGGAGUGGGGUCGAGACAGAGCCGAGCCUCGUCGAGGUACGCGCCCAGCCCAUCAGCGCCGGUGUUCAACGGCCCAGUCAGGAAGUGGAAGAAGCAAUGGGUCAGCUCCCAGUCCAACAACCAAAACAAUGGCAACAACCGAAACGAUGCUCCUCCCCUCCUCCUCUGCCGCUGGACCCCACUCCCCGCCACCGCCACCGCUGAUGAGCCCCGCAAACGCCGCUUCCGAUAUGCUCCGAUUGUUCCAAUAGAAAGGGGAAAUGUGGAAGCUCUGGAGAAGGUUAGCAAUGAAGCUAGAACAAGCAUAAGGAAUCAAUCAGAAAAUGGUGCGAACAUGACUACUGACGUUGAUGGUAUGUUGGAAAAACCUAGGAUAGGAGAUGUCAGUGCAGAGGACACUCAGGAAAUGAGUGAAGAUCAAGAAGAUUCCAACAAAAGUCCAGUCAAUGCUCCUAUUUCAAAGAGCAAAGCGUAGUGAAUGCUAAGUUAGGGUGAAUAGUAUCUGAAGUGUUCUAUAAAUUAACUCUAUUUUGAAAUGUGGAAAAGUGAAUAGAGGGGAGCUCGCCUCUCACACAGGAAGCCAAAGGGAUUUUGGCUUAUAAACUCAUGCAGUUAGAUGAAAACAGCCAUCAUAUCUCUGAUCCUUACAAGUGCCUAUAAUGCACAUAUUAGGCAAUGGUAAGUUAAUAUCUAAUUCUGGA